AUGACUUCUACUUCGACCAGCCAAAAUGACAUUACACAACUGCUUGAUAUUGCUGAAUAUCUUUUUGCUUAUGUUGGUUUAACAAUUUUUAUUUUGGGUACUAUUGGAAAUUUAAUCAAUCUUUUAUCAUUUAUUCGACUUGAAAGUUUAAAAACAUUAGCUAGUUCAUUAUUCUUACUUGCGUCUUUUAUUGGUAGUCAGAUUGUAUUAAUAACUGGACUUCUUACACGUGUUAUUAGUGGUUUCUCAGGUAUUGAUCCUGUAAAUACGUCUGUUGUUCUUUGUAAAAUUCGUUGGAUGAUAAGAACAGCAGGUGGUGCCAUUUCAUUAACUUGUGUUUGUUUAGCAGCAAUUGAUCGAUAUCUAUUAUCCUGUCAAAAUGUACGUCGUCAUCGACUAAUUACAAUUAAACGAGCACGUUGGGCUAUUUUUAUAUCAUGUUUCUUUUGGUUAGGUGUAUUUUCAUCUUACGCAGUUUAUUAUACCGCACCAAAACCACUGUCUUGUACGAUUGCUGAUCCAUUUUUUGCUUAUUUUGCUUCAUACUUUAAUUUAUUACAUUAUAGUAUUUUACCAUUAAGUAUUCUUUCAUUUUUUUGUACGUUAACAUGGCGUAAUUUAGGACAACAGCCAGCAACAUAUUUACGUGGUGGUGUUCGAUUAUAUGAUCAAGUAACUCGAAUGUUAAUUGCUCAAAGUUUGGCAAUAUUAAUUACUUCAUUUCCUAAUAUGAUUUGGCAGAUUUAUACUGUUUCUAGUAAUUCAAUAGUCAAAAGUGCUUUACGUAAUGCACAAGAAAAUUUAAUUAAUACAAUUUGUGUACUGAUUGGAUUUAGUACACAUGCAAUAUCAUUCUAUAUUUAUUUACUUGCUUCUCCUACUUUUCGAAAGAAUGUUAAACAAAUGUUUUUAAGAUUUCGUCAAAUUGCACCUUUAACAAAUGUUGAUACUGGUAAAAUAACGAUAAUAGAUGGGCAUCAACAAACAAUAUUACCUACUUCUUGA